GCCAUCGGCCAUGUUUAGCCGGUUUACUUUUUCACUGGAAUCCUGUGUCAUCCGUAAUGCCAUGACUUGCCCAUCAUUUCCUAUCCAAAGUUCACCAAGUCUUUAUACGCAUUUGCUCACACCUCUUUUACCUGGGGUUUACAGCACUUGGUCUGAAGCUUCCUGUCUGCCCACUUCAAUUCAAUUCAAUUCCAUUACCUAUCAUGGCAACAUCUUCAUCUUUCACAGGUCCCCAACAGCAGGAGGAACUCUGGCAGGCUUUUGAUGGAAUCGUACCACCAUCUGUGGGCACAUCGUCCUCAACACUUGCUAAGCAGCCAUGGGAUGUGUUUAUCAACCACCGUGGACCUGAUGUUAAACACACACUGGCAACUGCUAUCUAUAAUGCACUUAAUCGUAUGGGUUUACGAAUUUUCCUAGAUGUAGAAGCACUUCAGCCAGGUGAUCUCAUACCCAUGCAUAUACAAGAGGCCAUGAGAAGUGCUUCACUUCAUAUUGCUAUAUUCUCAAAGAGCUAUGCACAUUCCCCUUGGUGUUUGGCUGAGCUGUCAUUUAUGCUCAAAACUGGCACCCGAAUUGUUCCUGUCUUCUACUAUGUUGACCCUUCUGAUCUUAGAUGGGUGGGUCAAGGAAAAGGAAUUUAUUCUCCUGCAUUUUCUCAAUAUGAACAGAAGGGCAGGUAUACCUCGGAAAAGCUUGAGGAGUGGAAGAUGGCACUGCAGAACAUUUCAUUUCAUUCUGGCUUUGUGGUUAACAAUGACAAGGAUGAGGAGCAGCUGUUAAAGAAUAUAGUAAAUAUUAUAGUCAAGGUUAUUAAAAUAGUCCCUUUCAAGGUAGCCAAAUAUCCAGUUGGGCUGGAUGAUGCUGUACAAGAGUUUGAUUGUAGACUUGAAUCUAUCCAGAGUCAGAAGAAUGUGCAGAUUGUGGGGAUAGUGGGUAUGGGUGGAUCGGGUAAAACUACACUGGCUAAAGAGUUGUACAACAGAAAAUGCUCUUCCUUCCACAGCUCCAGUUUUCUGUUUGAAGUGCGAGAUGCUGCAAGCAGAAAUGCUUUACUUGAGAAGCAGAAAAAGCUUCUGCAGGACCUUGGUGCCACAUAUUUAUCAUUGGACAAUGUAGAAGAAGGCAGAGGAAUUCUAGCAAAUUACUUGAGAGAUCUUUGUGUACUCAUAAUUUUGGAUGAUGUGGAUCACGAAGACCAUCUUCAUGCUUUACUGCCAACAAAAGACAAUCUUGGAUCCAAUAGUUUGAUCAUUGUCACAUCUCGUGAAUUGGGAGUUCUUACAAAGUGGGGCACCUCUUCUAUUUAUAAAAUGAAAGGAUUGGAACCCUCGCAUGCCAAGCAACUUUUCUGUUGGCAUGCUUUCUUACAAUCACAUCCAGUGGAGGGAUUUCAAAAUCUAGUUGAAAAGUUCUUAAAUGUUUGCAAUGGAUUGCCUUUGUCUCUCAAGGUCUUUGGAGGACACGUUUAUGGCAAAUCCACAGAUUACUGGGUAUCUCAAUUGAAUAAAAUCGCCAGGAUAUUGCCAGAGGACAUUAAACAAACACUAAAAGUAAGCUAUGAUGCCCUAGAUGAAGAAGAGAAAGAAAUAUUUAUGGACAUAGCUUGUUUCUUCAUUGGAGAAAAGAGUACUUUGGCCAUUGAAGUAUGGGAUGGAUGCGGGUGGAAUGGUUUGCAUAGUUGGGAAACACUUGUGAAUAAGUGUCUGGUUGACCUAGACAAAGAAAAUUGCAUAAGAAUGCAUGAUCACCUUAGAGAUUUGGGAAGGGAUCUUGCAAAGAGACACUCCCCCUCUCGUAUAUGGCUUGCAGAGCAGAUAUUUAACACUCGGAAACAAGCCAGGGAAAUAAUGCCUAUAUGUGGGAUAAAGAAUACUGAAUAUAUUAACCGGUCAGCUCAUCACCAACCACCUUUAGAAAAGUUUAUCAAGGUUAUGGGAUUCUCCAACAAAUGGUUUAGGCGCUCUCAAUCUUCCAUGGUUGGAUUGAGAAUUCUUGUUGGUAGUGGAAACAUGUUUAUCAAAGAAUUUGCCAGAGCGUCAGAUCUUGUCUGGUUUCGCUGCUAUAACUUUCAGAAGAAAAAUCUUCAUUCAUGGACUUCAUUGAGAAAUCUAAGAAUUCUAGAGCUUCUGUGUGCUGGAAACUUACAUGAAUUGUGGGCUGAUAAGCACCCUCCUUUGCAGUUGAGAGAGCUGAUUAUCAGUGACGGAUAUAAAUUGCAGAGAUUUCCAACUUCAAUAGGAUGUCUAAAGAAUUUGAAAAAAAUAACCUUAAUUGGUAAGUACAAUCUAUUGAAGAAUCUCCCAAACGAAUUCUGUGGUCUCCAAUCCUUGCAGCACCUGGAGUUACCGUACUGUGAAAUAUCUUGCCUACCAACCAGUUUUGGGAAUUUAAAAAACCUUCGACAUAUAAACUUGCAAAAUUGCAAGGAGCUGAAGCUGUUGCCAGUUUCUUUCAAGCAACUGAUACACCUUCAACAUCUUGAUUUAUCAUAUUGUGAGAAGCUUAGCUUUAGGUUAGAUAUGCUGGAAAACCUAGCAAUGCUAGAAUAUUUGAAAUUUUCAGGAUGCAAAGAAUUGCAAGAGCUGCCUCAUCAAAUCACAAAUCAAGUGUCGUUAAGAGAGCUCUAUGUGGAAGGUACCAGCUUAAAGGAUUUGCCAAAUAAUAUUGGUGAACUGGAAAACUUGAAAAGGCUCUGUGUAGAUCGUACCAAGUUAAGGGAUGUGCCGGCUAACAUUGGGCAGCUCACCAGUUUGGAAGAACUGCAUAUAGGGAGUCCUUUCUUGACAGGCUUGCCAUCAUCCCUUGGAAAUUUGUCCAGUUUGAGUGAUCUCAACAUUCUGGGUUGUGAAAAGUUGGAAUCUUUGCCAGAAUCUGCAGGGAAUCUAAAUCUGUUAAAGAGUUUACUCAUAAGGGAAUCAGGACUGAAAUGCUUUCCAAAUGUAUUUGGUCAAAUGCCACAUCUUCAAGUUUUGCUGAUUCGUAAUUGCCCACUCACAGAAUUACAGUCUUGUUCUUCAUUAUGCAAGUUCCAGCAUAUAGAUAUAUGCUACACACAAGUGUCACAGAUAUCAAUACUUGAAGACACUUUUGCCAAACUUGAAACUCUCACAUUAUAUCAAAAUGACUAUCUGACAGAUAUUGAAAACCUUCCAACAUCACUGAAGAAAGUUGAAUUGAAAAAUUGUAAAGCGUUGAGGAAGAUACAGGGUAUUGGCAGUCUGGUAAACCUUCAAAGUCUCCAUAUAUCUGAGUGUCCCCAGUUAAUUGAGCUCCCAAGUUUUGCAGAUCUAUCUUCGAUCAAAUGGAUUAUAAUGCAAGGUUGCGAUAAAGUAGAGAAAAUGGAAGGUGUGGAACAUUUGACAUCAUUGGAGUUUAUUAGAGCAAGGACCUGCUGGAAGUCACCAGGCAUACAAAGUUUUGAGUACAUGGAGCGAUUGAGAACAGUGGAACUGAUUGCAGAGUAUAGAUCAGCUCUUCAACCCUGCAUUCAGACUAUAAAGAAAUGGCCAAAUGAACUGGUAAUACGUGGAAGGGCAGUGAGUGAUGCAGAGUCAAUUAUAAACAAUCUUGCCUUUCCCAACCUUACUGUAGUGCACUCUACCAAGAAGGAUGAAAAUAGUUGGAUGUUAGAAUUUCAGAAGACAUGUACCUCCAAUGUUGUUCUUGUGUGUUUUGCUACAAAUUCUUGCACAGUUACUAAUUUCUGUGUAAAGGCCAGAUAUCCAAUGAUGGUAAAAACAUUGAUAAAAGCACCUUUGGGAAUAGGGAGAUGGGUGUUUGUAGGUGUGUUUACGAAUGGGUCCAGGCGUAUUGAAUUGGGCAUAGAAUCUAUUGAAGGCAUCCUAUAUGGUGUACAAGGUGAUGCAUUGAAAGGAAUUGUAGUGGUGGGGGAAGAAAGGAAAGUUAUUGAAGCAUUUUGCCAUUUUUGGCCCUUGUUUGGAAAUAGUGGGAACUAAGUUUGAUGGUUUGUCUUCAUUCAGGGUUUCUUAGUGUAAAAUGAAAUAAAACAUUUCUGAAAAGUCAAGACUACUGCUAAACAUUUGUAUGUCUGUAUUUAGUAUUUCUCAAUGCGAAAUGUAUAUCCUCAGUAUUA